AUGGUGAUAAAGUCCAAAGCGAAGAUAGCUGGUACAGCAGUUAUAAACUGCCACACCAACCAUCCUCAGCUUGCCGGCCUGCAGAAAUGCUUAUUCACACCUUUCUUAAAGGACCCCAGAUUGCAGGAAGGAGAGAACACGUACGGUAAGGAUAUUUACACUCAUCCAAAGAAGAAGGGCAGCCAAGACAUCCCAUGUGUAACUCUGGCGGAAACACGUAACCGUAAUUGUGACGAAGAGGGUUCCAUCGCGGUGGAGAGGAAGAAUAGGAAGCCCACUCGUCGCAAUCUGUGCAAUGUCGCCCCGAUCGGACCGAAUAACCUGCUGCGUCCAGUGAUACCUGUGACACUCCUGUAUGUGUCCCGCUUGCAUUACAUCACGAAGGCGGAGGGGAUCGCAGAAUAUUUGCGUACGAAGACCAAUUUCUCCCUGAGGGUCGCGCGUUUGGAAUCUUGCCACGACGUGAAUUUUAAUUCAUUUGUGGUGAGAGUGCCGACUGAACAUCUGACGACCUUUUUGAAAGAGGAGCUUUGGCCGAAAGGUAUGGUGUUCCGGCGUUUCAAAGGCAGGCUACCUGACACCACUCCGCGCCACACGUCGCCAACUAAAUGUGUUAUUUCAUAUCUAUGUUAG